GUUUGAACGUAUAGACCUACAAAGACAAGAGGACUUGUGUUGCAUAACAGCAGGUCUGCGUUUAGGUCGGUGCUGGUCCGCCUGCGCCCUUGUUUCUGCACGGGCUGUCAUGGCUCUCAUCUCAGUCCUCACACCGGUCCUGGCCGUGGUCCUGUGCUUGGUUUUGGGCUUUAUGUUAGUGAAAUCGCGUGAGACUAAGACUAGCUCGACCUCGGAGAGAAAAACUGAAGUGGCGUCCAAAGCAAAGGACUUUAAACCAUGGGUGGACCAGGACCUGCAGGACGACACAGAAACCACAGCUAGAGAAGACGAGGAUGGUGACUGGGUGGACAGUUAUGAGGAGGACUGUCAACAUGUGCCGUACUCUCCACCAAGUUACCCUGAGGAGAUGAUGCUGCAGAGAUCCGAGGAGUUCUACACUCUGUUAAACCAGCGGAGGUCUGUCAGGUUCAUCAGCCCAGAGCCCGUCCCAAGAGAAGUCAUUGAUAAUGUCAUCCGCACUGCAGGUACAGCUCCUAGUGGAGCUCACACAGAGCCCUGGACCUUUGUUGUUGUGUCAGACCCAGAAAUGAAGCACAAGAUCAGACAGGUAGUGGAAGAAGAGGAAGAGGUUAACUACCGUCAGAGGAUGGGGGACAAGUGGGUCAAUGAUUUGGCCAAAUUUAAGACAAACUGGAUUAAGGAUUACUUGGACGUUGCUCCGUACCUGGUCCUCAUUUUCAAACAGACCUAUGGGAUUCUACCAAAUGGCAAGAAAAGGACACAUUACUACAAUGAAAUCUCAGUCUCCAUAUCCUGUGGAAUCCUUUUGGCGGCAUUACAGAACGUGGGUCUUGUAACUGUCACGUCGACGCCUCUAAACUGUGGUCCCCAGCUCAGGGUCCUCCUCAAGCGGCCGGUCAAUGAGAAGCUGUUGAUGUUACUUCCUGUAGGUUAUCCUGCUGCUGACGCCACAGUGCCUGAUUUGAAACGCAAGCCUCUGGAUGAUAUCAUGGUGCACAUUUGAAAGAACAGACCUGCAAAGAAAAAAAAAAUGCAAAAAUUAAAUUCAUUUUCCCUUUGUCAUAUUCAUCGCAGAUUUAAAAAUGAAUGACUUCCAGUAUUACUCAAAUGUGACUUUUGUUGUGCUCAGAGUCUUGCAAGCAAGAUGAAGCCAUUGUUCAAAAAUAGCAAGGUGUGGAAUAUUAGUGUAUCUUAAUUUCAAUCUCUACCUUUACAUCAAAUAAAUAACUGGCUGAUAACUUAAUAUGCCAUUUAUAUUACUUUGAAGGUAUGAAAGCCCUGCUUUUGGUUUUGCUACUUGGUUGAUGGUUAUAUUGUGUAAAGGAACUUUGACAAAACAAAUAUAUUUGUAUUAAUCGACAGACGUGGUUUCCAUUGCUUUUGCCAACAAAUAAUACAGCUUUUGUCCUUGUGUAAACUGUAACUACAUCUGAAUUAACUACAUUGUAAAUGAGUUGAGUGCUUUUAUCUUUUAAUAAACAAAGCUAAGAU